CUGAGAGAUACUGUUGCAGUAACUUCAGCUGAUAUCCAUGGUGCAACUGCUUAUGGAGUUUCUGGGACCCCUGUGGACUGUGUCUCUUUGGCACUAUCUGGUGCACUAUUUUCAUGGCCAAAACCUCUAUUGGUAAUUAGUGGAAUCAACUGGGGCUUAAGCUGUGGCCAUCACAUGUUUUACUCGGGUGUUGUAGCAGGGGCUAGGGAGGCAUUGUUUAAUGGUGUUCCUUCCAUAUCAAUAUCUCUUAACUGGAAGAGCAAUGAAAGCCAGGACAUUUAUUUCAAUGGCGCUGGAAGUGUUUGUUUGCCUUUGAUCUCCGCAGCUAUUAGGGAUAAAGAGAACGGUGCUUUUCCCAAAGGCUGCUUGCUUAAUUUGGAAGUUCCAACUGAUCCGCUUACAAACAAGGGAUUCAAGUUAACCAAGUAGAGUGUAUGGAGAUCCACACUUAACUGGAACGCUGUUCCAGCUAACAGGAAUGUUGCUGCAUCACAGUUUCUUUCCAACCAGCAAAGUCUUCGCUUUCAACUUGCACAACUUGGUCGCAAUGCAUCUGCUGGUGGUGGUGCACGCCGUUUUACCACACAAAGGAAUAAUAUAGAGGUUGUUGAGUCAGUUGGUGUUGCUGGAAAGUCUGAUCCCAAUGGAACCGUCAAAUACUUCAUAUUGGAGUUGCUUGAGAAGAAGCACCAAGAAGAGGAUGAGGAUUUAGAUUUAAGAUUUCCUAGCACUUGAAAAUGGCUUUGUUGCAGUCACUCCUAUAUGUGUGUCAACGCAAGAGCAGGAGAUACAAUUAGCUGCUUCCGACUGGAUCUCAACUGCCUUACCAGAAAAGCUCUGAAACUGCUUUUUAAUC